AUGAUCACUCCAACCGCCAUAAAGGCUGAAAGCCACGACUUGGACCGGAUCAGGAAGUUCAGGAGAGACCACCGCUCACCACUAUACCAAGUAGCGGAAGCGAUGAAAAACAUCGAGAUGGAAUCGCUGGAAAUCAUCAAUCCGUUUACGCUGGCACCCUGGGAAGCACGCGUGCAAACUGAUGAUGAGCCCAUCUCCGAAGGGUCAACUGUACCAGGCGGAUCAAUGCAAAUCGCGUUCAGCAGCUCGUCACGGAAUGAGCUGGUGGGAUUCGGGGUUGCGAUCGAGAAACAACCACCUCGCUAUCGGAAAGUGAGACUGAAGGUCUUCUCCGUCACGUUGGGCGAGGACAGAGCAAAAUCCAUUUGCCGCGGAGCUAGCGGCAAUGGCGCAUACACUGAAGUCGUUCGUGGGAUUGAAAGACUACAGGAUUAA